UGCGGUGACGUAAUGAACAUGCUCCCAGGAUCCGCUUGACAGUCUGCAGCUAAACAACAUACUUGGAAGUUGAAAAACUUUCCUGAACUAACUCAUUUAAAAGACUAUAGAAAAGUGAUCUUCUCCCAUUUUAAAGCGUAUAUAGCUAGGGGUUCAAAUGUGUAAUUAUUGAUGGAUUCGAGGUAUGAAAUCAAGCGGAUGGCCGGUGGCGGGGGAUCAGCGAAUGCUUCCCCCGCUUUGGGGGCACAGUCUCGCCGCAGGAAGAUGCCGCCGAGGCCCGCUGAUUACAAACUUCAAAUUAUCAUUAUUGGCUCCCGUGGCGUGGGAAAAACCAGUCUAAUGGAAAGAUUUACAGACGACACUUUCUGUGAAGCAUGCAAAUCAACUGUUGGAGUAGAUUUUAAGAUCAAGACGGUGGAGCUGAGAGGGAAGAAGAUCAGGUUGCAAAUCUGGGAUACAGCUGGUCAGGAGAGGUUCAACAGUAUAACCUCCGCCUACUACCGUGGGGCCAAAGGGAUAGUACUGGUCUAUGACAUCACCAAGCAGGAAACCUUCGACGACCUUCCCAAGUGGAUGAAGAUGAUCGACAAGUAUGCUUCAGAGGAGGCAGAGCUGCUGCUAGUGGGGAACAAGCUGGACUGUGAGACAGACCGCAUCGUCACUAAACAGACUGCCGAGAGGUUUGUCUCCAGGAUAUCUGGGUUGCGAUUCUGCGAGGCCAGUGCCAAGGAUAACUUUAACGUGGAGGAGUGCUUUCUGAAACUAGUGGACGACAUUCUAGCAAAGAUGCCUCUGGAGAUUCCCAGUAGGGAGCUUUCCAACAGUAUCCUGUCUCUGCAGCCUGAACCAGACGUUCCUCCUGAGUUCAACCCGCCACGCAUGCGCUGUUGCUGAGACCCCCUACCCCUUCCACCUUCCACCCUGCUGAGACCCCCUACCCCUUCCACCAUCCACCCUGCUGAGACCCCCUACCCCUUCCACCAUCCACCCUGCUGAGACCCC